AUGGCUAGACAAGUUAUACAAGCUGCCGAACGUAACAUGAACGAUGAAACCAAGCUCAACUACGAUUUCAGAAACCCGUUUGUGAUAUGCGGUGCACUUAUGUUCCGAUCUACAGAGGACAGAAAGACGUUUCGUGUCCUUACUGCACCGCUCGUUUUGUACCAAGCCAGGAAGGAAACAUCUGCACGGUCUGUGAUCUUGCAGUCAUUGGCGCAGACGCAUCGGUUUGCUAUGCUCUCCAUCUCAAGUCCGGUGAACAAUUCAGAUUCAUUCGAUGUCCUCUGCUUCAGGGGACGAGGUAAGUAA